AAAGUAGGAGGUGAUAAUAUCUGCUUUCUGAUUGGUGAGGCUGACAAAUCAGAAUUUAGCGCUAAUUCAGGUUAGACGAGUUGCUGCAUCAGUCAGUGAACGGAUCUUCCUUGUUUGUAUCGCUUGUUGGUUUUUAUCAGAAUAGCAGACAUUAUGGCUCCUAUAGGGGGUUCAGGUUCCCUAAUGGAGAUGAUUAAUGAUUAUAUUGACAAAAACAAAGUAAUGAUAUUCAGUAAAUCAACAUGUCCAUUUUGCACAAAGGCACAGCAGAUAUUUGACUCUUUGGGUGUAGAGUACAAAAAGAUAGAACUUGAUCAAAUUGCAAAUGGUGAUAAUAUUCAUUCAACUUUGAAAGAGAUGAGUGGCCAGAGGACUGUUCCAAAUAUCUUCAUCAAUAAAAAACAUAUUGGUGGCUAUGAUGACACAGCAGCACUUCAUAAAAGUGGUAAGCUGCUGGAAAUGAUAUCAUCUAAAGAAUCUUAUGAUUUUGAUUUAAUUGUCAUUGGUGGUGGAUCUGGUGGUUUAGCAGCAGCUAAGGAAGCUGCUUCAUUUGAUAAAAAAGUUGCUAUUUUUGAUUUUGUUAAACCAACACCUUUAGGCACAACCUGGGGUCUUGGAGGCACUUGUGUCAAUGUAGGGUGUAUUCCAAAAAAACUAAUGCAUCAAGCUGCUCUUUUGGGUGAAGGUGGAAAAGACAGUAAAGCUUAUGGUUGGUCAGCAGAACUAAGUGAUCAUAAUUGGGAUGUCAUGAAAAAUGCUAUACAGGAUCACAUUGGUUCCCUGAACUGGGGUUAUCGAGUUCAGCUAAGAGAGAAGAAAGUAACCUAUUAUAAUGCUUAUGCCAAGUUUGUUGGGCCACAUAAAAUUGAGGCAACUGACAAGAAAGGCAAAGUGAUUUCACUCACUGCUGAGCAUUUUCUAAUUUCUACUGGAUUGCGACCAAACUAUUUGGAAUGUCCUGGAGCAGAAGAAUAUUGUAUCACAAGUGAUGACUUGUUUUCUUUGCCUUAUUGUCCUGGAAAGACUCUUCUUGUGGGAGCUUCAUAUAUUUCCCUUGAGUGUGCAGGUUUUCUGCGAGCUUUUGGAUUAGAUGUAACUGUUAUGGUCCGCUCUAUUUUGCUGCGUGGUUUUGAUAGACAAAUGGCAGAAUUAAUUGGUGACAAUAUGGAGGAUCAUGGAAUAAAGUUUAUUAAGAAGGGUCAAGUAAAAAAGGUUGAACAACUUAAGGCUGGUGAACCUGGAAGGUUAAAAGUCACCUAUGCUACAGAGUCUGAAGAAAAAUCAGAAGAAUUUGAUACAGUAGUUUUGGCUAUUGGAAGACAAGCUCUAACCAAAGAUUUGAAUCUUGACUCUGUAGGUGUCAAAGUAAACCCAAAAAAUAAUAAAAUUAUUUGUAAUGAGUCUGAAAUGAGUAAUGUUCCAUACAUCCAUGCUGUUGGGGAUGUUUCGGAUGGAAAACCAGAGCUGACUCCAGUUGCCAUUCAGGCUGGAAUUUUACUUGCUCGUCGUUUGUUUACUACAGACAAAACAUUGUGUGACUACAACUUUAUAGCAACAACUGUUUUCACACCUCUUGAAUAUGGUUGCAUUGGAAUUUCAGAAGACACUGCAUUAGAGAAGUAUGGUGAUGAUAUUGAGGUCUAUCAUAGUAAUUUUAUACCUCUUGAAUAUACUGUUCCUCAACGUAGUGCCAAAGAAUGCUAUGUGAAAUUAAUUUGUCAGAAAUCUAAGAAUGAUAAAGUUAUUGGGUUUCAUUAUGCUGGCCCAAAUGCUGGUGAAGUGACCCAAGGAUAUGCUGUAGCUCUGCGGUUAGGAGCUACAAAGAAGGACUUUGAUGCUACUGUUGGAAUUCAUCCAACCUGUUCUGAAGUUUUUACUACCCUGGCUACCAGUAAAAGUAGUGGGAUGUCCGUAGAAGCUGGUGGUUGCUGAGGUUAAUUUGCUGCUGCCCUCUAUACACCUUGGUAAAGUAUUUAAAGUGAGAUAGUUUGUUUCAUUACUGAAUGAAACAUCUUCAAUAAUCUUUUACCAAGGUGUGGGCAGCAGCAUUGAC